AUGCGCCCCUCCGACAUCUUCCUAUCCGCCUUCCGCUUCCUCAUCCCACCGGCCUUGAUCCUCCCAGCUUAUGUAUAUCUCUAUCCAGCACUACAAGGCUGCAGCUUUCCCGUAGCCAGUCCUGGCGAGGCGGCAUGCUACUUCGGUGACACGCCGAGACCUGCUGUUGAGGUAGAGAUAGCACCGAUUCGGCUUCUGACUUUGGCGGAUCCGCAAUUGGAGGGGGAUAGUUCGCUGCCUGACCCCGAUGCGCCGCUAUUCCCUGGACUGGGCAGAUGGAGAGAGGAUGGGAUGCAGAGGGCUGUCAUUGGAUUAGUGGCUGAGGAUGUGCCCCGAUUGCUGGCCGGGUAUAGGAAGCGAUUGGAUCUAUGGGGCAACGAUUUAUACUUGGCUCAUGUCUACCGGACGAUGAUGUGGUGGACGGAUCCUACACAUACCGUUGUGCUCGGAGAUCUUCUUGGCAGCCAGUGGAUUGACGAUGCUGAGUUCGAGAAGCGCAGCGAUCGGUUUUGGAACACUGUCUUCAGAGGUGGUCAUAAGAUAGGGAGGGAUGUGACAGAAUCAAGCCGAGAAGCAGAAGUGCUGAGUUGGAACAAGGCCUGGAAGCAUAGAAUCAUCGCCGUAGCUGGGAAUCAUGAUAUCGGUUACGCGGGCGACAUCAAUCCACAGCGCAUCGAGCGAUUCGAGAAGCACUUCGGCAGCGUGAACUGGCAGACAAAGUUCCGCCUCAAUGCAAGUAUCCCUAGAUUUCAGCAGAGCCGCUGGAAUCCCAUCGGAUCAAUCUUCCAGGAGGCAGCGGUUCCGGAACUACAGAUCACCGUCCUCAAUUCCAUGAACCUUGACUCACCUGCCUGGGACGACAAUCUGAGACAGCAGAGCUUGGCUUUCUGGAAUCAGCUCUCUAACAAACUACGUACAGACAGCGGUGCGAAUGAAGCGACGGGCCAUAUCGUCCUCACGCAUAUCCCACUGCAUAAAAAAGCCGGUAUCUGCGUCGACCCACCCUACUUCUCCUACUUCCCAGCCGAUCAAGGCGGUGGGAUCCGAGAGCAGAAUCAUCUGAGUGAGGCGAUUAGUUUGGAGAUGGUGAGUAAUCUUACUCGAUCGGGACACGCCGGCGCUAUUGUGUUGAAUGGGCAUGAUCAUGAGGGGUGUGAUACUUAUCAUUAUCUGUAUCAUGAUCAUAACCCGCCGGGAGAGGAUGUUUACGUUGGUCACCUUGAGUUUCGAGCGGCGAGAUGGAGGGAUGUUGCAAAGGAUCGCACCGAGGACUGGAUUCAGGGGAUUCGGGAGAUUACGGUUAGGAGUAUGAUGGGCGAGUAUGGUGGUAAUGCUGGGUUGUUGAGUGCUUGGUUUGAUGAGGAUGCUGCGCAGUGGAGGUUUGAGUAUGCUUCCUGUAUGUUUGGGGUGCAGCAUAUUUGGUGGGGUGUACAUAUCUUCGUUUUGGUUGAAGUUGGGUUGGGGUUGGUCGGGGCUGUUUGUUGGAUUCUGGAGAGGAGGGAGGAUGGAAGGGUGUUGGAGAAGAUGAAGAAAGCUUGA